GGCACAAUAUGGCGCCGUUUCGAGGACGUGGAGCUUUUCGCGGAAGAGCAAGAGGAAGGGGUGGAGCGAGAGGUGCAAGAGGAGGAAGAGGCGGAAGAGGCGGAAGAAAAAACGGAUUCCUUUCUGCGCGAGUGGAAGAGCGAGUUGCGGAUGGUGAAGAUAUAUCCAAUGCUCCUGAGCCGGAACAAGAAUCUGAGGUCAGCGACGGAUCCUCAGAAGAAAACGAAGAAGACGAAGACGCGCAGCCGAUCUCGAAAGCGUACCACAUACUACUACAGUCGUUCGCGUCGCGCCAGAAACCGAACGCAGCCAAGGACGAACCACGGAGGAAGCGACGGAAGCUCCACCACGGCCCGGUGCCCCAGCCCGAAGACGAUAUAGAGGUAGAUGCAGAGAUAGAAUCCGAGACGAAUGAAGAAGAGGACUCUGAACCAGCCGAUGACCGGGAGCAGGACGGGCCUGGCUCGGCAGUAGACACUAUGGAGAGUGCUGAGGAAGACAAUGGAGAGGUCCAAGGCCCCUUUGAGGCUCAUUUCGAGAACCCGGAUGAGAACGAGUUAGCGAUACGGAUAAGAGGCAUAACAGAGAAUCAAUGGACGAAUAAGAAGUUGGAUGCUCCGAGUGGUAGCAGAUGUAUGUUCCAAUACCUAAGCGCGGGAGAGAAGGCACCGAACAGACGGAAGAUGAAGAGCACGAGGGAUAUCAGACUGAAGCCACGACUCGUCGAGAACGCCCGGCAGGUGCUUGGGCAGUUCAACGACGUCGAGCAAACCAUUGCUCCUUCCAUCUUCGACUAUCAGGACCUUCUGUUCGGCGCAAGGACAGUUCAGAACGCAGACCGCCUCCGACACAUGUUCUGUCUCCAUGCGCUGAACCACAUACUGAAGACCCGCGAUCGGGUGCUGAAGAACAACGCCAAGCUGGCAGCAUCUGGCAAUGACGACGCCGAAUACCGCGACCAGGGCUUCACGCGGCCCAAAGUCCUCUUCCUCCUCGAGACGAAGGAAGCCUGUGUGCGCGCCAUCGAUUCCAUCACAAAGCUCCACGACUUCGAGCAGCAGGAGAACAAGAAGCGCUUCUUGGACAGCUUCUCCUUGCCAGAAGGCAAGUUUUCGGAGGACAAGCCGGACGACUUCCGCGAGCUGUUCGAAGGCAACGACGAGAACGAGUUUCGGAUAGGCGUCAAGCUGAUGCGGAGGACCCUAAAAUUAUACUCCACCUUCUACAAUUCGGACAUUAUAUUUGCAUCUGCUCUGGGUCUUCGGCGCGCUAUCGAAGGCGGAGACACGAAGAAGAAAGAUUAUGAUUUUCUCUCGUCGAUCGAGCUGGUAGUCAUGGAGCAAGCCGAUGCAACGCUGAUGCAGAACUGGGAACACGCAGAGUACGUUUUCGAGCACCUCAAUCUGCAACCAAAAGAUGCCCAUGGCUGCGAUUUCUCACGAGUGCGAUCAUGGUAUCUUGACGGGCAUGCGCCUUAUGUGCGGCAGACAAUCGUCCUCUCCGCAUACCUCACUCCAAAGAUCAAUACCCUUUACAGCAAGCACAUGCGCAAUGUCGCCGGGCGUCUAAAGUAUACUCCAGACUACAGCUCCGGCAUCAUCGAAUCUCUCCCGUACAGCAUCAAGCAGACAUUCUCCCGCUUUGCCUCUCCCUCCCAUCUGACCGACCCAGAUGCCCGCUUCAAGUACUUCAACACUACCAUCCUCCCGCAGAUCAGCCGGCUGCCCAAACCGCUAGAGGGUGGUAUUGGCGUCCUAGUCUUCAUUCCCUCAUAUCUCGACUUCGUGCGCAUACGAAACUCGCUAGUAGAGUCCGACUUCUCCUACGCUUCCAUCUCAGAAUACACGGAUCUCACAGAUGUCCGCAAAGCACGAUCGCAUUUCAUGAGCGGUCGGCAUGCGCUGCUUCUGUAUACGGGGCGUGCGCAUCACUUUCAUCGGUAUAAUAUCCGAGGCGUGAAGAGGGUGGUCUUCUACGGCGUACCUGAGAAUCCGAGAUUUUACGAUGAGGUCGUGGGAUUCAUUGGAAAGACGCUGGAGAGAGGCGAGAUUAGUAGGGCUGAAGCGAAUGUUAGGGUGGCGUUUUCGAAAUGGGAGAGGAUGGAGCUGGAGAGAAUUGUGGGGAGCAAGAGAGUUGGGAAGAUGAUUGGCGAUAGGGGCGAUGUGUUUGAUUUCGUAUAAAGAAUAGGAGUCCCUUACACGCUCACCAUAUGAAUGAGCAGCUUAAUACCCCUCCCACGCCCAAAUACCUGGUGCGAUCUCGACCCUUCUUGUGCGGGGCCCAUUCGGAUCCUUAUUCAUCUGGAUAGCGAUACAAUCGCAAGGCCCAACCUUCGAGCAAGUGUGCGCCAAAUCCUCCAUUACAUCCGCAAACACUUCGGUCUCCUCAUUUCUGCGGAGGGCCAUGACUG